CCCGCCCGUGCCAGCGGCCGAGCGCCCGUGCCAGCGGCUCCACCCGCAGUUCCUGCACAGCUGCGUCCCCGGCGGCAGGGCCAGGCGCGGCUCCGGGACAGGUGACACCGAGCGGGAUCCUCGGAUAACCGCAGGCGGGCGGGGGCCGGGAGCUCUGCGGGCCGGAACCCCGCGAGGCAGGAGGCGGAGGGGUCGCCUCGACUCCGACCCGGGUCGCCCUCCGCUGCUUUGCGCUCUUCCGGUUUCAAGCAUGGGGCGGGGCCCGCGCCGCACCGCCAGCCACUCUCGAGCAUGACGCCACGGUGACGCCACGGCGCCUCUUCAGUGCCCCUUUCCGGGAUCCGCACUAAGGGGCGGAGUCUGGGUUGCGCGACCAGCCAACCGCGAUCGCGUAUGCAAAUACAUGCAGGUCCCGCCUCCAGGCGCGGCCGGGGCGGGCCUCUGGCCUGCGGAUCCGGGUCCAGGCUCUCAGGCCCGGAAGCCACUUGCAAUUCGCGCCCUGCCGCCAGGGGGCGCCAGAGCGCUGCAGCUCCACGCAUGCCUGCCCGGGAGCGCCCGCGCGCCGGACGGCCGCACAGUCAGCCCGGGCCCGGAGAGCUCUGCGCGAGGCCCCGGAAGAUCGUGUUUGCAGAUGAGCUGCGCCCCGGGGAGCCACUGCACCCAGAGAAGCGUCCCAGAGAUCUAGGACCCCGCCCCAACCCAGUACCUGACUACGAGCUAAGGAGGUUCGCAUGGCAGCUCAUGUCAGGAGAGAGUUUGAGAAGAAGCGAGCGGAUCCUGGCUUCCUGGAUAAGCAGGCUCGCUGUAACUACCUGAAGGGUAAACUCAGGCACCUCAAGGCCCAGAUCCGCAAAUUUGAUGAUCAACAGGACAGCGACAGUGAAGGCUCUGUGUACUUCUGAGUGUCCUGGAGAUGGUGGCUGGCUCCUCCUCCCACAGGGAACCACACCAGUUCUUCCAGGGAAUAAACAUGGAUUAGACACCUACUGUGUGCAGUUUACCUGAAAGCAUCCCUCCAUUUUACAGAAGGGGAAAUGAGGUUCACAGACCUGUCUAAGAUCUCGUGUGGGGGCAGUGGCUGUGUAGAUUCCAGGGAGCAUAGGCAGAAUGCAUGAGUUGGGGCUGCCUGGCAUAAGUGUUGUGAUAGGGCAUACUAGCGGUAAGGGCUGGGCAAUGCUUGGGGCCUGUCUGCAGGGGCACAACCCAGGACACCUUGGUCCUGUCCACUCUGCAUAGGUCCUCAGAUGAAACUAACCCCUGAGCCACUGAGGAUGACCCAGGUCACUUGCAGGCCAGGAGUCUCCUAGGAAGAUGUCUUCCAACAGAGAGGACCACAUGUAUGGGGUUAUGGGAAGUAGGAUCAGCUAGGGCUUGAGCGCUGGCCUCCGGCUCGGUAGGCAUGGAUCUCACUCAGUCCCACUCCACAGUUGGGCCCUUAACUCCCUGGUAUUUUUCUUUUUCUAAGGCUGGGUUUCUCUGUUUAGCACUAUCCUUAAACUCACUAUAUAGACCAGGCUGGCCUUGAACGGAGAUUGGUUGGAACCAAGGGCAAGUGCCACCACUGCUGGGCUACCCCCAGUUCCCUUCAUCACCACAUAUCAACAGUUACAUUCACAACUCAGUCUGUUCCCACCUUCCUUAUGGCAACUUUAGAAACGGGGAUAUAUGUCACUUGGGGGAAGAAAUUGAAUUCAAACUGACCCCAAUGGCAAAAGGUAGGUUGGUCUCAUGAACAUGAAUAAACACCAGGCUUUCAGGUGUGGCUUGAUCCAGCAAUCACCAAGCUAUUUUGAGAAAGCCUUUACCAGGGCCUCUUAUUCCCCCACAGUAGUGAGGCAAGACUCCCACCCCUCGGGGCCUACAGAGCAGAGACUAGGCAUUGGGUUAGUUCCCCAAUACUGCAAAAGCAAGCAGAGGCUAACCAAGUAAGGGGAUAUCUUUAUUAUUGGCCAUGAUUCCAUCAUCCCAUGGUACCCUCCAUGGACCAUGUGUCCAGGGGACCCUCCUGACCCAUAGUAUCCCUGCCUAGCUGCAGUGGCCUUUCCAGAUACCCACGACACCAGAGGUACCAGCAUGCUGGCUCCAGACUGUUGAAGGGCUGCCAGGACAAGGCUAGGGCCUGGGAGAUCCAAUCUUUUUGGUUUCAUGAUUAUUUAAAAAAUAAAACAAAACAAACAUUUCACAGUCU